CCGGACUGCACUCUGAUCUGUAGCCGCCGUGUAGCCCGUGUGAAUGCGUGCUAGUAUGCUCCGCUCGCUGUCGAUAUCGUAUGGCUUCGUGGCUAGCCUAAUCACGUCAUGGUGUCGGGUCGAGUACGACUCAGAGUUCGUACUCUCUCUCCUCAUGUAACUGUUGCCCUGUUCGGGAUUCGAAAUAGUUUGAGCAAAGCGAGGUGGCAGGCAGCAGUUGUUGCUUCUCCUGGAGAUUGAUGUUGAAGCAGAGCACGAGACAAUCCACGCUGCGAGCAUGGAGUUGCUGAAGCAAUCUUUCGACUACGACAGCAAGGCAUUGCUUGGCCGCGGUGCAUUUGCAAAUGUUUACCGCGGUACACGUCUCUCAGACCAGUGCAGUGUAGCUGUGAAGUUCAUGGAAAAGCCCCGUUCCAGUUCUCGUGACUACCAGGAGAAGAUAGAGACAAUGCGUCGAGAGCUUAACAUCAUGCAGUCCCUGGAUCAUCCGGACGUGGUGGAGUUGCUGGGCAAGUUUGAAGACACUGCUAGCUGUAUUAUUGUACAAGAACUUGUUCCAGGUGGUGAACUGUUUGACUACCUCACAGAGAAAGAGACACUGGAGGAGAUUGUUGCCAUGGAGUUUAUCAAGCAGUUACUCGGCGUGCUGCACUAUCUGCAUGCCACGCUCCGUGUCAUGCAUCUCGAUAUCAAGCCUGAGAAUCUUCUAUUGAAUGCCGACCACACCAAGCUGAAACUGAUUGACUUUGGUCUGGCACAUCGCUACGAUCCCAGCAAGCCACUCAAGAAGAUGAUUGGAACUCCGGAGUUUCUAUCGCCUGAGAUUUGUUCCUUUGACGCCAUCACUCCGGUAACUGAUAUCUGGGCGAUGGGAGUUCUCACGUACAUCAUGUUGACAGGCUAUUCGCCGUAUCUUGGCGAUGAUGACCAGGAAACAAUUGGAAACGUCUCACAGAAUGAGCCACCGGAUUUUGACGACGAGGAGAUUACCACCGCACUCUCCGAAGACAGUCUGGAUUUCCUCAAGUACUGCCUUCAGCCCAGUGUAAGAAAGCGUCCGACAGCAGAACAAUGUCUUGGGCAUUCAUGGUUCAGACCACCUGAGGACGGGCAAGUCCGUCCUUCCGUGUCACUGUCGACAAAGAAGUUGCGAGAGACGGCAGCUAAGCGGAGGUUUAGGGACGCAGCUAGAGCUAUUCGUUUUGCAAAUCGCAUGAGUCGCCUAAGCCAUUCCUUACUCUCACCGACCAGCCCCACCACCACUCGCUCCGAAUCCGACUGCUUGCCCGCUUGACAUGGUCGAUGUGCCUAGUUGUCAGCUACCACACAGAGGCAGUCAUGAGCUGCCACGAGGCUGCCUGUUGUGAUGUUACUGUUGGCAUCCUGUAGCUGAGCAUGCCUAGUGCUAUUGUCCCAUCGUAGACAUUGAUGCUGGCAGGGGCAGCUCCGUACAGAUGGCGUGAUGUUGGAGAGAGGCAAGGCCAGUUGAAGUCUGUGAUUGCGAGUUCUCUCUCUCUAUCUCUCUCUCUCUCUCUCUCUCUCUCUCUCUCUCUCGCUCUCUCUCUCUCUCGCUCUCUCUCUCUCUCUGCGUCUGUCUGUCUCUGUCAGUCUCUCUCUCUCUCUCUCUCUCUCUCUCUCUCUCUCUCUCUCUCUCUCUCUCUCUCUCUCUCUCUCUCCCGUUUGCUGAUUCGUAUGUCCCAGACUUAUGAUCGUUGUGCUUAUGCCACAAGUCUUGUGAGCUGAUCAAGAUGCAGUAAUCAUGACGUAAUUGUCACACAACACUAAGAGUUUAAACUAACCCGGACACGAUCACUACUAUGAUCAUAUACAUGACAGUCACUGGUCAAGUUUAACGCACAUCUUCGACGGCUGCUCCUAAUGCUCACCCCGUAACCUAGAAACAAUUCACCACCGUGUGCAUUUUAUUAAUCCACCCCGCUCUGCUUUAUCUGCACACACACACACACUCGCGCGCGUGCCCUGGCAAUCUCCCCACACAGAAUUGAUAGGCAUCGGAGAGAUCAGUUCCCUUCCCUUAGAAGCCUUCUCUUUUUUACAUUUUUAGACUUUCAUGAUUUUUUAAUUUUAUUUUCACACGAUACACAACUCACCGACAGGCACAUGAGGCUAGCACGUUCUUUUCUCCGGCGAUGCCGGGUUCUGUAUGCGUAUGGUGUAUCGUUAGUUCCUACGUAGCACUCACGCUGUCGGUCUCCGUUGCUUUCCUUCUGGCCACGACCGACUGCCAAGCUUUCUUCUCCAUGCACAGUUAUCACUGCUUGCUCGCUUUAUAUUUCUUAGGCAGUGCCCGCAUGCCCAAGCUGGCAAGCACCGUAGCGUGCCCAAGCUGGCAAGCACCGUAGCGUGCCCAAGCUGGCAAGCACCGUAGCGUGCCCAAGCUGGCAAACACCGUAGUUGUAUGAUUGUGCAUCAUGAACUAGCCAAUGAUUUGCAAGUCUGAGCCUUUCUUAUAAUCAGCUGUAAUGCUGUAUAAUAAUUAUAUUCGCACAUCCACAGUGUUAUUUUGUUUAAGACCUGGCCAACCCCUGUAGCUUUUUUACAAAUUAUUGCCCUCACCUUAGAAGACGGUAUUAGAGUCUUGGAUCAAUACGUUCAUACGGCUAGUGCUGGAA